ACCAAAAAACACCAAAACGAACAAACGCCGUAGAAGGACUGAGUGCAGGCUACUUUGAAAGAAGGAUUUGGAAAAUUAAGUCUAAAUUUCUGAGUAAUAGGCUAGCCUAUGAUGAUAAUCGCUUGUUAAUGAGAACAGGUUUAAUUCACAAUGGAUUCAUUGAAAAGAAAAGAGGCCCAUCACAAUGAUUGCUCCUCUGAAGAACGGCAACAGUUUGUUGAGGCAAAAGAGGAGCUGGAGAAAUGGAAGAGGAAAGUUGAAGAAGCAGAUAGCAAAAAAGCAAAGCUGUUAAUUGAAAAACUGGAUUCUGAAGAUGCCAAGAAACAGGCCGAGAAAGAACUGAUCGCUCUUGCUACACAGCAACAGAAGAGGGAAGACAGCUCUUUGGAAGUGAAGAAAGUACAAGAGAACAAUUUUUUGGAUUUGGAGAAAAGUAACAGUGCACUGCUGGAGCAGCUGAAGAAAUUUCGAACAAUCCUGAAGAAUAAAAAGGCGGAGUGUGCCAAUGUCCAGCUCAAGAUUAAUGCAGAAAUCCCAGAGAAGAAGGUGGUGUUUACUGGGGUGGAAAAGACGACAAGGGAUGCAAACUAUGACAACACCAUGGCCGUGUUCUCCAUCACCCAGAGACCCACCUUUCUACUGAAGGGCUGCCAGGCCCUCAUCACUUUUGAGGAAGAGGAAGUGGCUGCAAAAAUCCUCAAUCAAGCCACCUGCCCAGUGAUGUUUGGCACCAAGAGGGUAUGUGUGACCCCACAGCCUGUGACCCUGGAGCCCUCAGUGAAAUUUGAGGUACACAUGCAAGUCUCCAAGAGGAAGAUAUGCUUUUCAGACGCCGCUCCCAUCUUACCGGAAGAGCACAUGAAGGACUGGCUGGAGGCUUGUUUUUCUAAACCCAGCCGCGGAGGAGGGGAGGUGGUGGAUGUGACCUACAACAAGAAGAGAGGAUCAGGACAGGUCACUUUUCUCAACACUGGAGUUGCAGAGAAUUUGACCCUCAAGAACAAAUACUGCCUGGACACCAAUCGUAAAAUUGCUGUCAGCACUUUUCCUAGUCUGGAAUACCAACUGAAAAACUUUCAGACUUUCUCCAGGGUGACCAAGCGGACGGUUCUACUGGACGGGAUUGAGGACAUCCAAGAUGAGGAAGACCAACAGGACAUCCUGGAAAUUCACUUCCAGAAACCGACCAACAAUGGAGGAGAGGUGGAUACCAUCAAGUACCUCUCCAAAGGGAAAGAUGCUGAAGCGUACUUCACUGAGGACACCCUUUAGAAAUCAAAGAUUGAUUAUCCAGUUUUAAAUAAUAGGGAAUAAGAUUUUAGGAAUAAAAAUAUUAUAAAACCUGUGAUGGCAAUUAAUUGUGCAAUUAAUAUAAUAUUAUUAUUUCAUUUUACCAGGGUUUUCGACUAAUUCAAGAAUUUUAUGAAUUCUGAAACACACCAGUUGUUGAAUGCCAGUCCAGUGCUUAUUCAAUGGUUUUAUAUGUGCUCCUUUUUGUGACAUCUUUCAAAUGAUGUUUUGCAUAAUGUCAGUUUACUCAAGAAAUAUCAGUGCCAUUUAUAUGUGAGAAGCAAUGCUUUACAAAAUAAGUCAUUUCACCUACUGCAAGGAAAACAAAUAUCUGAUAUUGGUUGUGGAAAGCUGUUGUGGAAAGCUGUAAAUGUAUUCAAAUACUUAGAAAGACAAAUAUGGUGCGUGUUUUGCUUGUGAAAAAAGGUCAGUUUGGGAAAGGUUUAUUGAUGCAUCACAAAUAAUUUGACAUGGAACAAAAUUAUUAAAGUGCAGAUCCACUGGUAUGUUUUGUAAUGUUCCAUGCAUUGUAGCCCUAGGAUUGUAAAAAAGUUGACUGAAUACAAUUUUUUAUUUAAUUGCAAAAAUAUUUUUUGAAAUAACAUUUUCUUUACAUAGUUCUGAAUACUGAGUAUGUAAAAUAUUGAAUCUAAAAAAUAUUAAAGAAAUCAACUAAA